AUUCACAAGUUGGUCUAAAACUUGAAGUACCUCAACUCAUUCCAUUGUUCCUCCACGAAAACAACCAAUCACAGGACCAUGGUUAUGAUGAAGCUCUCUGCCCUCCUCAUUGCCUAUUUCCUGGUCAUUUGUCAGAUGUACAGCUCACAUGCAGCUCCAGCCAGAACUGGUUUAGAGUCCAUGACAGACCAAGUCACGCUAACUGACUAUGAAGCCCGAAGGCUACUCAACGCCAUCGUCAAGGAGUUUGUUCAAAUGACUUCAGAGGAACUGGAGCAACAAGCCAAUGAAGGAAAUAGCCUGGAUAGACCCAUGUCCAAGCGUUGCUCCAACCUCAGCACCUGUGUGCUGGGCAAACUGUCCCAAGAGCUGCAUAAAUUGCAGACGUACCCCCGCACCAACACGGGAAGUGGCACGCCUGGCAAGAAACGCAGCUUGCCUGAGAGCAACCGCUAUGCAAGCUAUGGAGACUCAUAUGAUGGAAUCUGAGCGGUCCUCCCCUCCAUCAGCCCUAGUUAACCUGACCCCUCUGUUCCAGCCUAGCCUGAUGAUUGCUGAUGCAUGUGGAUCUUGCUUGCUCGACCGACUGCAGAGAAACCUUGAUGUCCCGCAAUGUCACUGCUCUCUUUUUCUUUUGUUAAAAUACCCUUUUUUGACAGAGAAUAAAAUAUAUAAGUACAAAGCAGUCCAAUCCUUUAGAUUUAGAAAGUGAAUAAGGAUUUAGUUGCACUUCCCUAUCUUAAGGUUUAUGAUAUCCCUUUACUAUACAGAUCAUUCACAAUAUAUACAAAGUCUUAAUCAAAACCAAAAAUCUUAAUCAAUGCUUCUUUCAACCGUGACUAGGGUUCUUGUUUAAUAAACAUAUUUUUUUAUACC